AUGGUCAGACAGUUUGGGCGCAUGUCGAUGAUACCUAGGUCUCCAUUUGCGGCUGCUCCCAACAUUAUUAGCCGCCGAGAUCUCACUGCUAUCUUUCAGGAUUUGAAGCAUCAUUUGGUGCCAGAGGAGUAUCGGAGUAUGCGAAUCACCGAGAGCUGGCACUGUGUAGAUGGAUACGUGACAUGGUUUUAUCAAGUGUUACAUCCUAUCAUGACACUCGAUACUCCAUGGCGUCCACCUAGGCCAACGCAUGAGGAGCUCUUGGAGAAUCAGCAGGUCGAGGAUGACCAUGCCACUAAUCUCCUGCCGAUAUGCCAGUGA